AGAUACUUGAGAGAUACCAUACUGUGGAAGAAAAUGAUAAGGAGGACGAGGAGGAGGAGGAGGAGGAAGAUAAUUAUGAGGAGGAUGAGAAGGAGGAGGAAGAUAAUUAUAAGGAGGAGGAGGAGGAGGAGGAGGUAGAGAAAGAGGAGGGAAGAGGAGGGAAGAGGAGGCAAGAAAAAGAAAGGGGAGGAAAAAGAGGAAGAAGAUGGAAGAGAAUGCGGAGGAAGAGGAGGAGGAAGAGGAAGAGGACGAUAAUGAGAAGGAGGAGGAGGAGGAAGAGGAUAACGAUAAGGAGCAGGAGGAGGAGGAGGAGGAGGAUAACGAUAAGGAGAAGACGGAGGAGGAGGAGGAGGAGGAGGAGGAGGAAGAGGAUGAAGGUGGAAGAGAAGGAAGAGGGGGUGAGGAGGAAAAAGAAGAAGGUAGAGGAGGCAGGAGGAAGAGGGCGACAAGGCGAUCUGAAGUAGAAGAAGCAGAUGAUGAAGUUCUUCUGAGAAUGGGCACCGAACGAAUACGACCGAUGGAAGGGGGAGGAGUGGAACUGUGGAAGAAGAAGAGGACAAAGUGGAGAAGGAAGAAAAGAAAAGGAGGAAGAGGAAGAGGCGGACAAGGAAGAGGAAGAAGAGGAAGAGGAAGAGGAAGAGGAGCACGAGGAGAAGGAGAAGAAGGCAGCCAAGAAAGGAAAGAAGAGGAGGAGGAGGACAACCACGAUGUCGUAGAAGUGACAGAUAGAUUAUGACGAUUCGCAAACGGAGCGAAUAGCUAUUCAGAAAACACAAAGGGCCUCGCCGAUGGAAAUAGCGUACAGCAGCAGCGGA